AGAAACGGUGUUUGGGGAGGACUCGGAUCUCCAUAUUUCUUCUUUCAGCUUCAUCAAGUGUUGUGGCUGGAACUUUCCAUCAAUUCUUUCCUUUUUUUUUUUUUCCCCUCCCUCCAGCCUUUGCCUGCUGGGCUCUGUCUGUCACAGCGAAGUCCGAGGCAGGCCUCCAGAGUGUGCAGGUUAAAUUGCGAAAUGUGUCAUAAGGAUGUCAGGUAUUUCUUACCGGUUUCCCAAAAACUUAGAUAAAGAAAUCUUUCCUAGAGUGUCCCUUUCAGGUUGCAUUUGGACACUGUCUUGAGUUGAAGCAGAAGGAGGUGGAGGGCAACAGCAAAGAGCCCAGGAAAAAAUGCCCCAGGGCUGCAGGCCAAGCUGGGUGAGCACGCCUUGGGGCAGACGUACCCUCCUUGCUAUGCUCCGCCAAAGUCAAGUUAUUUUCUGUUGAAAGUUCAAGCCCAUCAAGAUCAUGCUGCUCCUCCUUGUCAUUCUGUUGCCAGCAGUUUUUCAGUUCGGGUUUGUUAGUGUCUCAGCAGUCCAGCGCUGGAACUGCCCCUCAGGAAAUGGGGAUUCUACUUGUGUGGGUCCUGCACCCUUCUUAAUUUUUUCUCAUGGAAAUAGUAUCUAUAGAAUUGACCUGGAAGGAACCAAUCAUGACAAAUUGGUGACAGAUGCUGGCGUGUCAGUGAUCAUGGAUUUUCAUUACAACAAAGAAAGAAUCUAUUGGGUAGAUCUAGAAAAACAACUUUUGCAAAGAGUUUUUCUGAAUGGGACAAGGCAAGAGAGAGUAUUCAAUGUAGAGAAAAAUGUUUCAGGAAUGGCAAUUAAUUGGAUAAAUGAAGAAAUUAUUUGGUCAAAUCAACAGGAAGGAAUCAUUACAGUAACAGAUAUGAAAGGAAACAAUUCCCGUGUUCUCUUAAGCACCUUAAAAUAUCCUGCAGACGUAGCAGUUGAUCCAGUAGAAAGGUUCGUAUUUUGGUCUUCAGAGGUGGCUGGCAGGCUUCACAGAGCAGAUCUCAGUGGUGCUGAAGUAAAGAUUCUGCUAGAAACAUCAGAGAAAAUAGCAGCCAUGUCUUUGGAUGUGCUUGAUAAACGGCUCUUUUGGAUUCAGUACAGCAGAGAAGGAGGAAAUUCUCGUAUUUGUUCGUGUGAUUAUGGUGGAGGUUCUAUCCAUUUCAGCAAACAUCUUGCACAGCACACUUUAUUUUCAAUGUCCCUUUUUGGUGACCGUAUCUUCUAUUCAACAUGGAGAAAGAAGACAAUUUGGAUAGCUAACAAACACACUGGGAAGAAUAUGGUUAGAAUUAACCUCAACUCAUCAUUUGCACCACCUGGUGGAAUUAAAGUAGUGCACCCAUUCGUACAGCCCAAGGUGGAGCGUGAUCCUUGGGCGUCUGGUCAGAAACUCUGCAAACUGAAGGAAGGUAACUGCAGAGGCAGCGUGUGUGGGCGAGACCCUAAGUCUCAUUCGUGCUCCUGUGCGGAGGGAUAUGCCUUAAGCCCGGACGGAAAGUACUGUGAAGAUAUCAAUGAAUGUGCCCUUUGGAAUCAUGGCUGUACUCUCGGGUGUGAAAACAUUGCUGGAUCCUAUUAUUGCACAUGCCCUGCAGGAUUUGUUCUGCUUCCUGAUGGGAAACGGUGUCACCAAUUAAUUUCCUGCCCAAGCAAUGCAUCUGAAUGCAGCCAUGACUGUGUUCUGACUUCAGAUGGUCCCACGUGUUUCUGUCCAGAAGGCUCAGUGCUUGAGACAGAUGGAAAAACAUGUAGCGGCUGUUCAUCGCCUGAUAAUGGUGGGUGCAGCCAACUCUGCCUUCCACUCAGCCCAGUAUCUUGGGAAUGUGGUUGUCUUCCUGGGUAUGACCUACAACUGGACAAAAAAAGCUGUGCAGCUUCAGGACCACUACCGUUUCUGCUGUUUGCCAAUUCUCAAGAUAUUCGACAUAUGCAUUUUGAUGGAGCAGACUAUGGAACCCUCCUCAGCCAACAAAUGGGAACAGUUUUCGCACUUGAUCAUGACCCUGUGGAAAAUAAGGUAUACUUUGCCCAUACGACCUUGAAGUGGAUAGAGAGAGCCAAUAUGGAUGGUUCCCAGAGAGAAAGGCUUAUUGAAGAAGGAGUAGAUGUUCCAGAAGGUCUUGCUGUAGACUGGAUUGACCGUAAACUCUAUUGGACAGACAGAGGGAAAUCUGUCAUUGAAGGCAGUAAUUUAAAUGGAAAACAUCGUGAAAUAAUCAUUAAGGAGGACAUCUCUCAGCCACGAGGAAUCGCUGUUCAUCCGAUGGCCAAGAAAUUAUUCUGGACUGAUAUGGGGAUUAAUCCACGAAUUGAAAGUUCUUCCCUUGAAGGCCUUGGCCGACGGGUUAUUGCUGGCUCUGAGCUGGUCUGGCCCAGUGGAAUAACGAUUGAUUUCUUAACUGACAAGUUGUAUUGGUGCGAUGCCAAGCAGUCUGUGAUUGAAAUGGCCAAUCUGGAUGGUUCAAAACGCCAAAGACUUGCCCAGAACGAUGUAGGUCACCCAUUUGCUGUGGCUGUGUUUGAGGAUCACGUGUGGUUCUCUGACUGGACUGUGCCAUCGGUAAUAAGGGUGAACAAGAGGACUGGCAAAAAUAGGGUACGUCUCCGAGGCAGCAUGCUGAAGCCCUCAUCACUGGUUGUAGUUCAUCCAUUGGCAAAACCAGGAGCAAAUCCCUGCUUAUAUAAAAAUGGAGGCUGUGAACACAUUUGCAAAGUGAAGUUUGGAACUGCUCAGUGUUCAUGUCGUGAAGGUUUUGUGGAAGCCUCAGAUGGGAAAAUGUGUCUGGCUCUAAAUGUCCAUCAGAUAUCGACAGGUAGUGAAGCAGAUCUAAGUCAUCAAGAAGUGUCAUCGGACGUCUUAUCCAGGAGUCAAGGGUCUGAAGAUAACAUUACAGAAUCUCAACAUUUGCUAGUGGCUGAAAUCAUGGUGUCAGAUGAAGAUGACUGCGGCCCUGUGGGGUGCGGUGCGCGCUCUCAAUGCGUUUCGGACGGAGAGGUUGCCAUGUGUCAGUGUCUGAGAGGAUUUGCUGGGGAUGGAAAAGUGUGUUCUGAUAUAGAUGAAUGUGAGGUGGGUAUCACAGCUUGCCCGCACCCCUCCUCCAAGUGCAUCAAUACUGAAGGUGGCUACGUGUGCCGGUGCUCAGAAGGCUACCAAGGAAACGGGACUCAUUGUUUUGACAUUGAUGAAUGCCAACUGGGCACGCACACCUGUGGGAAAAAUGCCACCUGUACAAAUACAGAGGGAAACUACACCUGCAUGUGUGCCAGCAGCCUGUCUGAACCUGGAUGGAAUUGCCCUGACUCGACUCCACCCUCUCAUCUCAGGGAGGAUGGCCACUAUUCUGUGAGAAAUAGCUACCCAGAAUGCCCCGCGUCGCACGCCGGGUACUGCCUCCACGGUGGUGUGUGUAUGUACAUUGAAUCCGUGAACAGCUACGCAUGCAACUGUGUUGUUGGCUACGUGGGGGAGCGAUGUCAGCACCGAGACUUGAAAUGGUGGGAGCUGCGCCAUGCUGACCACGGGCGGCGGCAGCGGAACAUCGCCGUGGUGGCUGUCUGCGUGGUGGCGCUGGUCCUGCUGCUGCUCCUGGUGCUGUGGGGUGCCCACCACUACAGGACUCAGAAGCAUCUAUCAAAAAAUCCAGAAAACCCUUAUGAAGAGUCGAGUGGAGAAGUGAGCGUUAGCAGGCCUGCAGACAGAGAGGCUGGGAUGUCCUCUUGCCCCCAACCUUGGUUUGUGGUUAUAAAGGAACACCAGAAUCUCAGCAAUGGGAAUCAACCUGUGGCCCUUCAAGAAGGCCAGGCAGCAGAUGUUGGCCAGUUUUUCUCCCGGGAGCCUGGUGAACGGUUAUCUUCACCUUCAUCCUGAAUGUCUUCCUGAAUGUUAAAGGGUCAGUGCAACAGCAUCACUGAGGAAGGAGCCCCAGAUGUGUGUAGGCACAGAGCACAGCUGCGACAUUCCACCAUCGGGUGAUAAUGGCUCUGCUCUCCAGAGAAUGGAGUGUAGCUUUCCUCUCCCUUCCCGUGGGGCGCACCCACUGCACUGGGGGUUGAGAAGCCCCGUCCUCCCUGGUCAGCUAACCCAUCAUGGCCACAAAGGACCCCAGAUCCACCACACCAAGUAGAGCUGAUUCCGUGAAAACUGGAAGUUGGAGAAGCACUAACUGUAUGUGUGGACAGUAAUACUUUGUUUCAAAAAGUAGAGGGAAAAAUACAAAUUUUGACUCCACAGUUUCUACAACUAAUCACCUGCUGAGCAUUCUGGAAACAAACAUGAAUUAUAUUUUUGCUUCUUCCUUCAAGCAGUCCCAUGGCAGAUUUUCAAGUUAGAGUAACUGGGACAACCACUAGAUAACUCAUUACAAACCAAAUGGGGAUAUUUGCGCUUUAUAAAUUGUGUUGUCUUCAAUAAUCAAUAGGGUUUUUCCCCCUGCAGCCUCAGAAGCAUUCUGGGAUUAAAGCAGGCAGUCACACUGGUUUAGUCAGUUAUAAAGUAAUUUCUUGUAUCUGGACAGAACAUUUAGCUCAAUCUAAAGAAAUGAUUAGAAUAUUAAAAUUACUGUUAUGAUACAUUGCAGGCAUUUAAUUUAUCACUUAUCAUUUAACUUAUCCAUGCUGGUAAUUUUGAGGAAUGUAUUAUAAAUUAAUGAAAGAUGUACUUAUUUAGAAACUUAUUUCUUCAGAGUUAGAUGAGUUAUUUUUUCUAUUUUAAAAUCUUUAAAUGAAAACAUUUUUAAAACAUUACCCGAGAUGCCAGUGUUUCUCAGUUAUUACUAUCCUUUCCCCCUCAGAAGUUUUUUCUAAUGAAAAUGGUAAAUUUUCCUUUUAUGUGUUUGCAAAGAAUUUUCACUUAUUUUCAAAUGUGAGAUUGUAAGCAAAUCGCCAGAUUUAUUUUCAUUAUGAACAACAAUCAAUUUCUUCUAAUUAUUUAAAUAAAAUCACCAUAAAAUAUAAACACUUAUUUAUUGUAUACCUGGUUAAAGUUGAAUCAAAGAGAUUUGCCAAACUUGUUAUUGUUACUCCUUUAAAAAAAAAUUCUUUAACUGUAUACAUUUUACAAAGUGUUCUAAAUAAAUAUCAUUCUUGCAGCUCAGGCAUUGUUACUACAAUUUACACAACCUGACACAGGAAAUGGGGAUUGUUCAGGCUUUGGAUUGUUUAGUUCCUGCAUUAACUGGCCCCCUUUGUUCAACUUUUCUAUCGUUUUUCUUCAAUUCCUUGGAUUUUGCUUACACCAGAAUUCAGCAUAAAAAAUGAAUUGAAGUACAUCUCUUCAAGUGGAUACCCCUUAGAAAUUUUAGUAAAGAUCUGGUGGAGGGUGGGGAGGGUAACUUACAUUAGUUAAAUAUUCAGUAUGACCCUUUUCCCCAGUUAACUUAGAUUUUUGUCUAUUCAGUUUUGCUUUGACAGUUGAUAUACUGGAGGAUCAGAAGACCCAUCUAGUAUUUCUUUUUUUAAAAAUUACAUUUUAUUGAUUAUGCUAUUAUAAUUGUCCCAAUUUUUUCCCAUUUGCCCCCCUCCACUCAGCACCCCUCACUCCUUCAGGCAAUCAAUCACCCUGCCAUUGUUCAUGUCCAUGGGUCAUGCAUGUAAAUUCUUUGGCUACUACAUUUUCUAUACUGUACUUUUUAAAAAAAUACUUUAAAAUGUUUACCAAAUAAAAACAGUGACAUAAUUUCUGGGAAUAAUAAGGACAAUGCUAGAGUAAAUAAUAAAGAGAGGACCCAAUUUAAGGAAUGGGAAUAUCUUUGAGGAGUCACAUUUAAGCUGAGAUCUGAAGGAAGAAUUAGAGUUCACCAGAAAUACAGUAUUCUAAGUCAAGGGAAUAUGUUCCCUUCUAUAUUGGGAAGCUCCUCAAGAUUUCUUUUGUUUGCUUUUAAAUAAACUUUUCACUUUAGAUUGAUUUUAGAUGUACAGAUAAUACAGAGAUAGAUCACAAAGAUAAUACAGAGAUGGUGUUAUUAUCUAACAUUACUAUAGUAUACUUGUCACAAAUAAAGAAUCAACAUUAGCUAUACUGUACUUUAUAUCUCAUGGGUAUUCUGUAACCACGUAUUUGUACUUCUUAAUCCCCUCACCUCUUCAUCUAUUCCCCAACAUCCCCCUCCUGUCUGGCAACCAUCAAAAU